CUGCCCGGCAUGCCUUCUGAGAUCCUUUCACUCAUUGUCAACCUGGUCGACUCUCAAUCUCUCAAAACCUUGCGCCUCACCAACAAGCGCCUUUGCGCUAUCUCCAGCGGUCCCUUCGCAAAGAGGCACUUCUCCGAGCGCAAGCAUGUUGCUUCUACGUAUAGCAUGGAAGCCCUAGUCCAAAUCACAGCUCAUCCUUUCUUUGGUAAAUUCGUCAAAACGGUAGUCAUCAGC